AUGGCGAGUUCGAAUCCGCAGAAUGUCAUCCGUAGGAAACUAGUCAUCAUUGGCGACGGAGCUUGCGGCAAGACCUCUUUAUUGAGCGUCUUCACAUUAGGGUAUUUCCCAACCCACUACAUCCCGACCGUAUUUGAGAAUUAUGUCACAGACUGCAGAGUAGACGGCAAGUCGGUACAAUUGGCAUUAUGGGAUACGGCAGGCCAAGAAGACUACGAACGACUGCGGCCACUCGCAUACUCGAAGGCGCACGUAUUAUUGAUAGGGUUCUCGAUUGAAUCACCGGAUUCACUUGACAACGUGAAACACAAGUGGAUAGAAGAAGCUACGGAGCGGUGUCCAGGUGUCCCAAUCAUCCUGGUGGGCCUGAAGAAGGAUUUGCGCGACGAUCCGGUAGCCGUCGAAGAGAUGCGCAAGAAGAGUCUCAAGUUCGUAACGGAACGGCAAGGCGAACAAGCGGCGCAGGAUAUUGGUGCGCGAAAGUACCUCGAAUGCUCGAGUCUUAGCGGCGAGGGCGUCGACGACGUCUUCGAGGCCGCAACCCGCGCUGCCCUACUCACAUUUGAGAGAGGGGAAGGUUCCGGAUGCUGCGUCAUAUUAUGA